GACGGGCCAGGACCCCUAAGGCCACCUGUAACGCCGGUAGCCUGACUCUUGGUAUCCUGUGGAUUUGCUUAAAACACGCAAAUCGCAAUUACUGAACGCAAAGGCAUACAACCCUUAAGGCAUCAGUCAUGCAAAUCUUCACAAACAGAGCAGAGCCGUUUAGUGCGUACAGUUGUGAUCGCUAUCCCUUUAAGCAGAUAGAAGCGCGACAGUGAGGAUACAGGGAGGUGGAGAGGAGAGAAGGGCAGGGGAAGUUUGAGUGAAGGAAGAAAUGCAGGGCUUGUCCUUAACCCUGACGUCAGGGCUGGCUUUAAUAAAAACUCCAAACAGAGCAAAGACACGUCGGUGGAACUGUCAGUGCAGGGAGGCUUUAAAAGCUCUUGGGAGAAAGUGGUAUAUGUUGUUUUUAAAAGGAUCUCAUUGUGGGUUCGAUGCAUUUGAUACUGGAUUCCAGUAAUGAGGUGGCUCCUGCCCUGGAUGCUAGUCAUUCUAAUAGCAGUCAGCAUUCCUCAGGUACACUCCCAGAAUUCGACUGCCAUGCCGCCUGUGACCGCAGUAACGGAGCAGUUUAACCGGACACAGUAUUGCAAGUGGCCGUGCAAGUGUCCAAAGAUCCCGCCACGCUGCUCUGCAGGGGUCAGUCUGGUGAUGGACGGCUGCGACUGCUGCAAAGCCUGUGCCAGACAGGUGGGGGAGAAAUGCAACGAGGCUGACACCUGCGACUACCACAAGGGACUGUACUGCGACUAUAGCAUGGACAAGCCUAGGUACGAAACAGGAGUGUGUGCACAUAUGGUCGGGGUCGGGUGUGAGGAUAAUGGAGUGAUUUACCGAAACGGGCAGAGCUUCCAGCCCAAUUGCAAGUACAAGUGCAUGUGUGUCAACGGGGCCAUUGGGUGCGUGCCCGUGUGCCGAGACUCUCGCCCGCCCCUCGUCUGGUGUCAGAACCCCAAGAGGGUUAAAGUCCCUGGGAAGUGCUGUGAGCAAUGGAUCUGUGACGAGUCUAAGAAAGUCAGGAAGACAUCCCCCCGGCACGUCUCCUCAGACAGAGAUGAAAACGAGGUCUGGCAUAAGAACUGUGUAUCACAGACCACUCCCUGGAGCCCCUGCUCAAAAACGUGUGGAACAGGCCUCUCGAUGAGAGUGACGAACGCCAACGACCAGUGUGAGCUGGUUAAAGAGAGGCGGCUGUGCAACAUCCGACCCUGUGAGGUCGACAUCACCAAGCACAUCAAGCCUGAGAAGAAAUGUCUGAAUGUGUACAGAGAGGAUGAACCGAAGAACUUUACCAUAUCAGGGUGCGUCAGUCAAAAGACAUACAGGCCAAAGUACUGUGGGGUCUGCACAGACAACCGGUGCUGCAUUCCAUACAAGUCAAAGACUAUCGAGGUCCAGUUCGAGUGCCCCAAUGGGUCCAUGUUUUCCUGGCCAGUGAUGUGGAUCAAUGCUUGCUUUUGCAACUUGAGUUGUAAAAACCCCAAUGACAUUUUUGCAGACUUGGAGCACUAUUACUAUUACGAUCACUCUGAAAUUGUUAACUAAGAAGAAGAGGUUUGCGAUUUUAAACCCACCCACCCAUCUGAUUGAAAUUAGCCCUGCAGUAAUAAAAUAACUGUGAUACACACACUGUAUAUAAAGUUAAAAUUAUUGUUUUCACAUUGCAGGUUAUAUCCUGGAGAGAUUGUAAAGAAACCUCUAUAUUCUAAAAAUAAGGGAGGGGGGGGGGGGGUAUACCUUUUCCUAUCUGAAGAGAUUUAUUACUAUUAUGGAAUGGUGUUAAUGACAUUGUCCUAGGCAGGACAGAGUAACUGCUUUAUGUAUAGUCUGUUAGUAAUAUGUAGCAAACCCGUUAUGGGUCCACUCAUGUUAGUGCUCUUGCUAUUCUCCACACAUGGUUUUUCUGUGUUUAUGCUGCAGACAUUCCACAAGCAUUGAACUUUUAAUGACAGCCUGUGUUCCAAUAGGUAACACCAAAAUUAUUAUUUAUUUAUUACAUAAAAUGAUCUUCACUUGAAAAGUACAACCUGAAAGAAUCCAGGACCUCUCCGAAUCCACAUUGGGUCUGUUCCAUUGAUCUGAACCGCUAUUGUUUAAUGUGUGGUUUUCUUAACUGUGGUUUUUCCUCAUUAAAAGUAAGUACCCUAGAAUGACUGGUUCGGUUCCAAUUUAAUAUUUAAACACUGGUGGAAUUUAGAUCAAUGGAAUAAAGAUAUUUCUUCCAUGCAUAAGACUCAUUUCGAGUGCAAUUAUACAGAGCUGUGGGCUGAAGCCGAUUGGUUAUAUGUACAGUAUAUUAUAUGCAUAAUUGCAUAUACAGGUUUGUUAUAAAUAAACCACUCAAGGAUUAUGGGUAUAUGGUGUUUGUCACUAGACAGUCGGGAGACAGUCGGCCUUCUUUAUUCGUGUAUGCUGGGCUUAACACUCAAAUCAACAAGCAGUUCUGGAAGAAACAGUAUUAGUAUGGCAAAGGUUAAAUGAACAUACAUACAGUCUCUUCCUUGGUUAUGCAAUUUUAUAUGCAAUGAAAUAAUGACUGGCAUUUCUGUUGUGUCAAUUUACAGUAAACCACUGGUGUCAGUUUCACAGGCUGGUCUGUUUAUAAUACAUGGGACCACAUGUUGUCUGGUCUUCAGGUCAAAGGGAAAUUUGUGUAAUUAACAUAUCAUAGAUACAGUUUUCUAGUUUACAGUAUCUCAGCUCCUACACACAUCAUAGUAAAAUUAGUAUAUUCAUAUAUUUAUUUAAAUUACAUUGGUCAUCAGCAUGUAUGGACCGGUUUGUUUUAAACUACACAGACUCCAGCUUUUCUUUUAUAAUUGCUUUUACUUUUUACUGUUACACUUUUCCUUUAAAUGGAUCUUGUUUUCAGCCUCCCAGAAACCAGACCAUCUGAAGAAUUCGGUUUUAAUUAUACUCUCUGUUACUGCAUAAUAAGCAGCAAAUACUGAACUAUAAAUCCAAGAUUAUUUUUUUCUUUUCCAAAUCAGGGAUACACAGUAUACAAGGAAUGAUUUAUGAAAAGUAUAAUUAAUUCUAUAUAAAAGUCAAUAUAAUAAAAUGACCAUUUCAAAUGAAGUCGCUCAUUCUUGU